AUGGCUCGCUAUGCUAAAAAGCCUAUUAACAAAUAUACUCAGCCAACAGAUGCCAAUAGAAGAGUGUAAACUGAAGCAGCUGAUAUAGAUGACAUUGAUCUUUAACAAGCAAUAUUAAAAUUCAAAAAUUUAUAAGAGAAACAAAAAACUCCAUUAAAAAAUUAAAGAACAAAAAGCAAAUCCCCAGCUCCACCAUAAGCCAAUUAACCUAUUGAUUAUUCGUAAUUUACAUUCACUAGCUUAAAAGUGAUUGGACAAGGAUCAUUUGGAAUUGUUUACAAAGCAAAAGUGAAUGAAACUGGAGAAAUAGUAGCCGUAAAGAAAGUUAUAUAGGAUAAGAGAUAUAAAAAUAGGGAAAUACAAAUUCUAUAAGAAUUGGAUCAUCCAAAUAUUGUUGAAACUAAACAUGCAUAUUUUACCUAUGGAGAUUCACCUGAUGAACAAUACUUGAAUGUCAUUAUGGAUUAUCAACCUGAAACCCUACAUUCAUUUAACGCAUAAUUUUUAAAAUAACAAUAGUUGUUACCAGAAAUAUAGGCCAAAUUAUACUCUUAUUAGUUAUUACGUGGCAUAGCCUUUGUUCAUACCAAAGGAAUUUGUCAUAGAGAUAUUAAACCACAUAAUGUUUUGGUUAAUCCAGAUACAAAUGUACUGAAAAUCUGCGAUUUUGGAAGUGCCAAAAAAUUAUCUCCAUUAGAGCCGAAUAUAGCCUACAUUUGUUCAAGGUGCUACAGAGCACCUGAGUUAUUAUUUGGAGCUACGAACUAUACUACUUAAGUAGAUAUGUGGUCAGUAGGUUGUAUCAUUGGAGAAAUGUUUAAUGGGCUGCCACUAUUUUUGGGGGCAUCAGCGGUAGAUUAAUUGGUAGAGAUUAUCAAAAUACUUGGGUCUCCAAGCAAAGAGGAGGUGAUGUCAAUGAACGAAUUAUAUGAUAUCAAACAAUACAAAAUAGUUUAAAUAAGAAAAAAGGAAUGGAGAAAAGUAUUUUAAACUGUUGUUGAUCCUUCAGCUAUUGAUUUAAUUAGUAAAAUACUUACUUACUGUCCAAGAACUAGAUUGACUGCGCUUCAAGCACUAACUCAUUCAUAUUUUGAUGAUCUUAGGGAUGAAACUACCUUUAGGAUGUAUCAAUCAAAAAUACAAAUUCCUGAUUUAUUUGAUUUCACAAAGGAGGAGCUAUCAAAUAAUCAAUCCCUAGCAAAUAAAUUAAUUCCUAAAUGGUAUUAAAAAAGAAAUAAAUGCUGA